AUGGAGGACUUUGUCAACAUCGUUGCAACCGCGAAAACGGACCGUCAUCAUAGUUGGCUGGAAGGACACCAGUUAGAGUUGGCUAUGGCUCUGCUAACUCUUGUACAAAAGAAACGAACCGAUAUCCUCUUUGUACCAACAAAUGCUGGCAUCAUACUUGCUCGUAUCGGCUUAUGUGUUGACGACAAAGACAGAUUCAAAAAGGAUGCUCUAUCGAUUUACGAGGCUAUGCAGCAAGAGGAAUAUCGAUGGAUUGUUAUACCUGUGACGGAUGGUAUGGCCGAUGAGCGCACAGCAAAAAGGAUCAUGAGAUGGAGAGCUAAAACCGCGAAAGCUAAAGACCAAGGGGAGACAGGAGAGGAAGAGCAGGUCAGGCAAGAGGUUUCCAAAGAAGCUGAGGUGCUGGUUACCAACAAAGAAGGAGACCCAAAUGGCAACACGGAAGUGCAACAAGAAAGUGAGCCUGAGAUGACUUCUUCCGGUGGCACUCAUUGGGGUUUCAUGGUAAUCGACAAGGAGAGAAAUGAUGCCAGAUGGCUAGACGGCCACCUAAACGUAAAACAGAAACGCAACAAGCAUUGGUACAUACACAACAUGCAUAAACCACAUCCUGCGUGGGUCGCCGGGAAGAUUCUCUGCGGGUAUGACAAAGUUAUGGAGCUAGAGCGAGGAGCGUUCACGGCAGCCACACUCAAACACGUCCCUCACGAUACCAAGGACAACAGCUACCGAGGUGACGAAGGCUCAGCAUGCGGGCCCUGGGUCUACGCCAUGCUCAAGUACAUCUUGGAUAACCCGAGAUUCCUCACCGACGCGGGCGGACUUUGCAGUGCGUUCAGUUCGAGAUAUAGGAGAAAGCACCCACAAAAAAUGGCGUUCAACUCGCUCCAAACACGCAGAGACAUGCAGGAGAUUAUUCGAAAAGAGGCUGACAAGGACUUGGGCGAGAACGUUCUGCCGUACAAAAUGAGUGUGCGCGUUGUGCAGAUCCUAAGUCUUCCUAGUACUGGUCAACUAUGCGAUGCGGUCGCGUCCUUGAAUCCAAAUCGGAGGACUCCACCUGGGCCAGGUGACAACAGAAGCUCAAGAAACGGGCCAGGCAGUGACGGUGACAGUAGUGACGGCGACGACGAUGGCUGGCCAGACGAGCACGACGGAGUUUCGCGGGCCCAGUACCAGAUGUACUUACAAGAAGGCGAGCCAUACUCCAGAAAUCGUCUGGAUGAAGUUGUAAAGGCGUUCAAAGAAAACCAGGACGACAUUGCGCGCAACUUCCAACGAAGAAAGCAUGGAGUUCUCACCAAGAAUCCGGAAUACAAGUUCCCUAAAGGCUUCAGCAAGGAUAACCUACCCGCAUUCGACCAACUGAAGAUGGACAGUUCGGAACCGUGGUACGCGACAUACAAAGACGACCUCCUCAAGGUCGACGAUUCGAGAAGUCUUGCCCUUCAAACGUCCAGAGCGGUGCUCCACAGCGUAUUUAAAGGUAGCUUCAGAAGCGAAAACGCGGCGGUUCUCAGAGACUACCUUCAUUCUCAUGCUUUCACGUUCGCAGAACGCUCUCAAACUUGGACAUCUGAAACUAUCGCAGAACGUCUAGACCAGACUUAUUUGGACCUGGCUCUGCCAUUGUUCGCUUCUUUAUCCAAUGCAGGCGUGGACAUCUGGGUCAAGAACUUGCAUCCUACCGCGCAGAAGGUCGUACAAGAUGCGGUGGGUGUCACUCGCUAUGAUGUCGCCCGUGGACUUCUGUAUCGCAUGUUCAUUGGCGAAUUCGCAGACAUGACGGAUAGGGAUGUCGAUGAAUGGCGCGCAAGCGAUCCUCAUAUGUUAGAAGCUGGGAAGCAAGAUCUGGGGGUCGCGAGAUGGUGGUUGACGUGGUACUACUACCAGGGUGAUGCGAUGGAGAAGCUGCCGUAUUUGGCAGAGAGUCCACUGCAUUGGCCGCCUCGUGAGUAUCGAGAGGUACAUGGACAGAAGAGGAAGAGAGGCGGCGAGGAAGUUGAUGGAGGUGAUGAUCCAAACGCCGGUCAGCCUUCAUCCGGCCCUAAUGAUGCAUCUAAUAUUGCACAACCAGAUCCGACAACAAUCCAGUGGGCCACGAUCGACCACGCCACGCUCAUGAAGCACGCGACAAAAGAGAUUCGAGAAGACCCACGAAUUGGAGAACUAUCAAACGACUACACGUACAGGGCCAUCCUCUUCGUGAAACACGGUGGGACGUUCAAAAAUGAGAAAGACCGUGCUGGUAUCUGGAUCCGUGAUCUCAAUGUCUUUACGCUAGGUUCUGAGGAUAAAAUUCCCAAACGUGACGUCUACGCGAAAGAUGGCAGACUGGUCAUCCGACCCACUCAGGCAGAGAUCUUGAAGCGGAUGAAGGAGAAGUAUGAGAAGACCUCUAGCAAGCCUGUAUCGACCGCCAAAAAAACACCCUCGGGACGAAAAGGUCCACUAGGACCCAAAGGGCCUCCGGGAUCUCAAAAACCUGCAAAGACUUCGAAGACUUCGAAGCCUUCAAAGCCGUCAAAACCCUCGAAAACUUCAACCCAUCCAAAGGCUACAAGCCAGCAAUCUCCACCUCAGCCGGAGCUCCCGAACAUUCUCGUGAUCAACAGUAUGCUUGCCCAAGAAAUUGCAAACUUCACGCACAUGGCAAAUGAUCAAGUUGAAGAAUUUGUCGAUCUGCUUCCGUCCAAAAUUGCCGAAACUACACGUCCAAUGGACACUUGGGGCCAGAAAUCUGUUCUCCAGAAGCUGUUCAGCACGUACGAAGAUUUGUCUCAAGCGGAUAUGGAGGUUUGGCUGGAACAUCCAAUUUUUGAGGGGCGUCAAGAAGUAGAGGUCGACGAAAUGGUUGCGAAGCUGAAUGAGAGCGUCAAAGAGCUUGGUAACAUCUCAUUCAAGGGAGUCUCCAGUUAUUAUCCCAAGAGCUACGUGUACGAAGCAGUGGCGCGAAACUCGGUAAAUUCGAGCUUUGAGCCUGUGGUUGCCCAGCCUGAGAGUCUCAACCCUGGAGAUUUGAAUGGACUCUCUGAAUCUGAGGAGGAAGAGUUUGAGUCUGAGUCUGAUGUUGAAGACGAGCCGGAAGAUACGGCUACGGGUGCCAAACGGAAGCGUGCCCAGGCAGAAGCAGAUGCACGGGCGAAGAAAAGGCGCAAAGGCGAAGCCCCGGAUUUCCGCGAUAUGAAAGAGUCUGAUCUCGCCCUCUGGGUCAAGGAACUUCCAUCUGAAGUGAGAAAACCACUGCUUGACGAUAUUGGAGAGACGUUGCUAUCGAUGAAGGCGCACAUCGCACGCUGCUGUGUCGAGCGCAUAUAUAAGAAGACGUUUCAGACCUGGGCUGCUGAGGACCCCUUGACUGAUGCGAGUGUGAAAGAGAUUAGGCUUUGGAGAAGCUUGGGAACGUUUGACCAGCGCAAAAAGUACGCUAUAAAGAACACGGAGGGUCUGAAGAACUUUUGCGAAGAGCAAUUGUUUCCACAGACAAGAUUGAUUGAUAAGAAGAGCGUCGAAUUGCCGGAUUAUAGUAAUGAUAAGGAUAAGUGGCCGGAGGAAUGGAAGUAG